AGGGAAGACCGACUGUGGAGGAGAAGACGCAAAGCUUCAUCUCUGCAUGGAGAUGAAAAAUACCUUUAACUGAACUAUCGGAUUUCACUUGGUGCUGCCAUGUAUUUUGGUAGUGUGUGUCACGGCGCUCUGCUGCCGCUGGGCAGAACCCACCCCUCCCCAGACCCUCGUCCCCUCGUCCCCUUCCAUCUGCUGCCUGGAUUAACCGACAUGGAUCACAUCCAUAAAGCUCUGAUUGGCCCAAGCUUCGGGUUAACAGCGCCGCUCAAGAGGAAGCUCAGUUCCUGUGGAGUCUGUCCACUGAGGUUCAAAUUGGAGGCACAGGCUUCUUCCCACUAUAUCGGCACCAAACACACAAAAAGGCUGAAAGCGAUGGACACCCCCGAUUUAAGGAUCAGGACCUCUGAACCGGUUGCCAAGGAAACCACAUCGCAAAUCCUCCCGUCACCCUGCUCACAACCCUCCAGCUCUGACACAACAUCAAGGGAACCCUCAGCCCCAAACCCUACAUCAGAGGCAUCCCCAUCGAGCAGCGUCCCCUCUGAAACUGUGGCCGCACCCUCUGACCCCUCCCUGUCACCCAGCCUGAUGACCCCAGAGACAGAGGCACAAAGAGACAGGGAGACGGAGGUGGCUCCAGAGGAGGAAACAGAAGAAGAGAAAGCUUCACGUCUGCUCUACUGCUCCCUCUGCAAGAUUGCUGUGAAUUCGGCCUCCCAGCUGGAGGCACACAACCGUGGCACUAAGCACAAGACAAUGCUGCAGGCAAGGACUGGCGAAGGAGCCAUCAAGUCCUUCCCGAGGACCGGGAUCAAGGCCAAGUUGGUCGAGCCAUCCGAGUCGCCAACUGGACUCCAGAACAAAACAUUCCACUGUGAGAUCUGCGAUGUGCAUGUCAACUCCGAAACUCAGCUCAAACAGCACAUCAGCAGUAGGAGACAUAAGGAUAGAGCAGCAGGUAAACCAGCCAAGCCGAAAUUCAGCCCUUACACUCCCACCCAGCGUCACCAGAGUUUCCAAGCAAUACGUCUCGCUCUACAGAAGAACCAAGACCUGACCAAACCUCUGGCCUCCUGUCUCCUACAGCGUCAACUCUCUGUUGCCACCGCUGCUGCCAUGGCAAUGCUGCCCCCCUUCCCUCUCCGCCAUGCCUCAAACCCGAGGCCCGCCCUGUUUCAGAGUCAGCCCCUCCCCCGGGCGCUGCUGCAUCCGGCCCCUGGACCCAUCUGCUCAGCACACACACCGGUUCUGUUUUCCCCCUACUGACUCCGUCGACGUCUCAAUCAUCUCUGAGCUGCAGCUGAAACCAGACCAUGAACAAGAUACAAGACGGUGCUCCACUAACAACAGAUGCUGUGGAUGUCAUGGACCAGGAAUAAAGGUUAUUUCCUGAGCCCGAAACCUUGAAGUAGAUUGCGAUGGAGGAAUUACAAAGCAGUGUAAACAACAAUAUUUGCUGAUGUGAGCAUUUGUGUGAAUGUGUUUGAGUGCAUAAUCAGGUAUAGCCACCAUAGAAGGCCAACUUUUACAACAUGUUUGAUGCACUGCUUCAUUCCUACAGUAAUAAACAUAUUUAUAGAUGCCGAUAAUCAAUAUGACAAUCAAGAAAAUCCACAAUAAAGUGGACGGUUUAAUUCAGCAUAGAUAUGAAAGAUGCAUUAUUGUGAACUUCCAUGAUGGUUAUAGCUGUGUGUUUGUGUGUGCAGAUGUGCCUAUAAGUAUAUACAUGCCAGUCAGAGCAUGCUU